ACCAGACUAACACAGCCCCCCUCGGUUGACCAGAAGACAGGCACAGAGGUGUACAGGGUGGAGCCUUUCCGACAUUGUUGGAUCUCUAUGCAAACUACAGUGAAAACCCACUGAAACUGUUUUGAUCGGAAACGUGUGGUCGACAGAAAGGAUAUCCCUGUCUUCUCUUUUAACUCUGCCUUUCCCACCCCAAAAAAGGAAAAACUUUCUGAACGUCUCUGCAGCAGCAUGGGGGCUUAUGAUGAAAAGAAAGAAAAAUGUGGCACAAUCUGUCUAAAGUACUUGCUCUUCACCUUCAAUUUCCUUUUUUGGCUGGCCGGGGGUGCGGUGAUGGCAGUAGGGAUAUGGACAGUGGCAGAGAAGAGUGACUACAUCAGCCUGCUCUCAUCCAGGAUCUAUGCUGUCUCGGCCUACAUUCUCAUUGUGGCAGGGAUCAUUGUCAUGAUUACAGGCGUCCUGGGAUGCUGUGCGACCUUCAAAGAACAGAAAGGGCUCCUGAGGAUGUAUUUUGUUUUGUUGCUGUUCAUCUUCCUGCUGGAAGUCCUUGCUGGAGUUUUGGCAUAUGUCUACUACCAACAGUUGAAUGCAGAGUUAAAGGAGAACCUGAGAGAGACCAUGGUCCAGAAGUACCAACAAAAAAAUGAGGAGCACAUCACUAAAGCUGUGGAUAAACUACAGCAGGAGUUCAAAUGCUGUGGCAGCAACAGUUCCUCAGACUGGAGUUCCAGUGCGUGGGUCCGCUCUGGUGAGGCAAAUGGGCGAUUGGUGCCUGACAGUUGCUGCAAAACCAUGACCGUAGAGUGCGGGAAGAGAGACCAUCCCUCAAAUAUUUAUAAGGUCGAGGGCGGAUGUAUAACAAAGCUGGAGAACUUUAUCCUGGACCACCUAAAGAUCAUAGGUGCUGUUGGAGUUGGCAUCGCAUGUGUACAAAUAAUAGGUAUGAUAUUCACAUGCUGUCUGUACCGAAGUCUGAAGGCAGAGCCAUACUGAGGGUGAUGAGGUACAGCAUGUAGAGGGAUAUUUCACUGAGCAGCAUUUCACAUUAAAUAAUGUUAGCAUUUUAUUGACUACUAUGCCUUAUAGUUGGAGGUAAGGAAGAAGAAUAUUAACAUGAUAUUGUUUUUAAAAGAUUUUGUUAUUGUAAUUGUGAUGCAUAUCCUAUUAGAGCCCAUUAUGGUCUGCUAAAUAUUAUGAGCUACUGUAAAAGCACUGCAGUUUAUCAUUUCACAGCAUAUAGGCCUAUAGCAAACUGAAGAUACUGCUUUGGAGCACUCUAACUCACAUAUUCACAAACAAUUUUGUGGUCAAAUACAGCAUGCUUUCACAGGACCUAAGCUGAACUGCCUUAAAUUACUAGCUCCUUUAAACCAUGACAUGAUCCAGACUAUGCAAGCUUUUCAAACACUGAUUUCAAUGUUAUUAUUACUGGUGUUUUGGCACUGUUUGAACAUUUCUGUAAUCAAAAUGAGCUUUUGUAUAUUCAGGAUUUAACUGACUGAAGUGCCAACUCUGCUGUAUUCUCACAUUUUUUAACGUUGUCAAGGGAUACCUUCAAACCAAAGUUUUGAAAAGGAUUAAGCCUUUAUCUGCCACCGUGGUCAAUGUCAGUCUUUUUUCCUGUCCUCACUGUAUAUUUUAUUUGUGUUAUUUUAUGUUACCAUUUUUUUUUUAGCAGAAAUGAAGUUGGAUGUAUGUAUGUAUUUAUCAUAAUAAUAUGACCCAACAUUAAACUUUCAUAAUACAAGGCUCAUUCUCAAUCACAUGUUCCAGUCUUUUUAUGUGUAUAAUGUAUGGAACCAAAAUAAAUGUAUUCUUUAAACUA